CGUCUGUUUUUUUGCAUAAUUCUUCAUUUUUAUUCUUACAGCUCACUUUAACUAGCCUGCUAGUUGCUUCCCAGGCUAAGUUAAAAAAUGAAUUAUUUAAAUUUAAUUACAAUAUAUUUCUUAUCAAUUGGAAUCAUCACUUUUACCAAUGGAGAUCCUUGCAAUAGAAAUUUUGGACGUUGUGAUCGACAAAAUGGAUUAUGUUGGGGCACUGGAGAAGAUACUCACUAUUGCACUUGCAAAGCGGGUUUUCAACAAAAGAAAAAUGAAGAGGGACACGAGUGCGAAGACAUUGACGAGUGCAAAGAAGAAAUAUGUGAUGAGAAUGCAGUAUGUGAAAACACACCAGGAAGCUACAAAUGUACAUGUACAUGUGGAUAUAUCAUGGACUACACUGGACAAUACUGCCUUGAAGCUAAAAAAAUAACAGACAAGUGCCUUUUGCCUGAAUCUUGCUAUCAGAAAGAUGAACUACUUCGAGGAUUUUUCCCCGUAGUUCCAUUUGAUAUAAGAUGGGCAAAACAAUAUUUAACCGAUUAUUCAACUACGACAAGUUAUCGCCCUCGAAAUAGAGCAAGAUGCGAUUGCGAGGAUGGAUUUUAUCGUAAUUUCUGCGGAUUCUGCACUGACAUAGACGAAUGCUACCAUUCAAAUCCCUGCAAAGGCCGAGGUUCUAAAUGUGUUAAUACAGAAGGAAGCUUUUAUUGUGAUUGCGAUCCGGGAUAUGUGAUUGGACCGUGCAAAGAAAGAUGCUACCGUGAAAAUUCGAGAGUUCCGGUUCUCUGCGAAAACCCAAAGAUUGGAGUACUCAACAGUCAAGGAUUUAUUUUCCGUUCAUUUGCUCGUCCCAUCUUGUUGGAACACUUCAGAACUUGUCCGGCGGGCGUCGAGAACAGUGACGAGACCACGGAAAGAUUUAACCUCGAUACCGAUUUAAAACCAGAUGUCAAACUUCAAUGGCUCUGUACCGGUGGAGUAAGCACUUUGAAACUGUACGCUGAGGAAGAAGCACAUUGGGAAUCCUGGUCAUGUUGGACAGAAUGCAAAGCGACACCCUGGGGUGGACUGCAGACAAGAAUGAGAAAAUGUGUGCAUGGUUUACCAAGUCAAGAAGGGUGUGAAGGAGAAGGAUCUCAAAAACGAAGUUGUUAUACAGGACCCCUAAAAAAGUUCAGAAUUCGCAAGGAUGCAACAAGACUUUCUGAUCGAGAAAAAAAAGAUUUAAUUCAAGCGUUUGAAAAAUACAAAAACGACGGCUCAGCAAGAGGUUUCCACAAUGCAGCUUCUUCUCAUGGAUGGCCAAACCAAUGCAGAAACAAAACAUCUUGCUGUCCACAUGGUGCCAAAUUGAAGUUUAUUACUUGGCAUAGAAGUAUAAUGCUACACUUUGAAGAAGGUCUUAACAGGUAUCUGAAAGACAAAUCAAUUGGAAUGCCAUACUGGAACUGGCUUAAUAGAAAAAGAGACCCUCCAUCUCUUGGAUGGGAUAAAAGAUUGUACAAUGCACCCAACCCAUUCACAAAUAUGACAGUUCUGCUGGAUGUUGACGAGAAAGCACCAAUGCGAACAAUCCAACGAGACAAUAGAAUUUUUACGGGGGCAUUGAAUUUUGCACACGAUCAUUGGUUAGACGUGGCGUCCAAAAGAAAGAAACCGCACAUACUACACGAAUUCGCUGCAGCAUUAGAAAGAGCUCAUGGAGCACCUCACGUAUCGGUUUGUGGUAUGGGGCGACGGAUUCCAAAAUGUACCAUUUCUUUGGGGAAUCUACAGUUCGCUGCCUUCGAUCCACUAUUUUGGAUGCAUCACUGUCAAGUUGAUAGAUUAUGGGCAGUUACACAGAAAGAAAUCGCUGAAGAGAAAGGCAGAGGGACAACUUGGACACCACAAACCGCCUUAGAAGCAUUAGAGGAAAGAGCCGAUUUUUCACGCCCCUUCCAACCAUUUGGAAACGAUUCGUUGAGCCCAUUUCCUAUCGUUAAAGCAACGAACACAAUGAGAGAUUCUUACUAUUACGAGGAAUUGACAGGAAUCAAAUACGAUAGCGUAGAUAAAAACGGAUUCCCUCCAUUCAUGGGUAGAAACUUGCGUCGUCCACCUGGACAGGAAGUCAUUUUUAUAGGUCAUUACUUUCAAAGUAGUCUUGUGAACUUUGCCGUCAACUAUUAUUUUGCCGACCCUGACAACCCAAUUCCAUGCAACAGGCGUACUGACGAUGACAGAGCUGGGACAGCAAUUAAACUGGGAUCUGCUAGAAAUUUCAGGCAAAGGGUUCCAGAUUUAACAUUGGUGGAACAGGUCGGAAUAAAUGCUGAUGGCGCUCUGGAUAUUGAUUUUGAUAUACAAGCUUGUUAUACGUCACAACUGGACUGCACGGAACGUUGUCCUGAACUAAAAACCAGUAGAAUUUUAUCUCAACCCACCCCAAUGCUUGUCUACUAUAUGCCAAACCAGCCUGUGGAUAUCUAUAAAUUUAAAUGGUCGGAGGAUACGAUACUUCCGAAUUGGUAUAUCAACCUUCAUUCCGGAAGUCAAUGGAUCUAUUUUUACGGAAAUGCGGUUAAUAACAUCACGCAGGUGCCGAGUACAGGAGAUUAUAUUGCUUGCAACGCUAGGCGCGGACGACAACUUACAUGUCAUUCUGACAAUGAUGGUGGCACUGCUUGUAUGCUGCCUUCGGGAAUUUACUACAUUAUCAACAGUUAUAGACCAACUUGUCUCAGAGGGCAAAGAAUGAUUGUGGUCUCACGAAAAUAAUUUUGUAUUACAAAUAUUUUCCUAUUCGUCAAUUGUUUCUGCUUACAUAUGUGUUUACAGGCUUCUUUACAGAAACAUUUGAGUCACUCGUUCCACGCAUUUCAACUAAGUUGAUAUAUUUACAAUGUGACUAUUUCUAUCAGCGUGAAAUUUUCUUGUAUAAUUUUUGCAGCCUAUAUAUAUAUAUGUAACUACGUUUAAAAAAAUAAAGACAAAAGGGAACGAAAAUUAA